AUGUUCAAAAUCCUGUUGAUCUGCGCAGUUAUUGGCCUGGCCGCCGCUGUGGAGUCUGAAGCGAAUGCGGAAACUCUUGAACGCAAGGACGAUGUGCGCCCAGAUGGUUUCAAUACCCUCCUGAAGACCUCCAAUGGCAUUGAACAAGCUCAGAGCGGUGAUGAGCACGGAAACUCUCAGGGAGACUUCAGCUGGGUCUCGCCCGAAGGUGUCCAUGUUCUGGUUAAGUAUGUGGCUGAUGAGAAUGGUUACCAGCCCCAGAGCGAUUUGCUGCCCACACCACCCCCAAUCCCAGUUGAGAUCCAGCGCGCUCUUGAAUGGAUUGCUGCCCACCCCUCAAAGCUUGAGAAAUAG